UCAUGAAAAACGAGAUGCAAUUGGAUCUCCCAGAAUGGGUCCUGUAACGGGGACAGUAAAACAGUUGUGAUCGUAAGCCUGUAUCUCCUCCCUACGUGCAGGCGGGGUGAGGCUGCGCAUGUCAGUGGCCGGGUUUCGCGCGUUGUUGGGGGGUGAGACUGCCUGUCAUUUCGCGGGCUGGUUUGAAGUCCUGUCCUGCUGCUGUCUUCGCGCCGCGCGAGCCUCUCGGGAUGAGUCUGUGGGUGGAUAAGUACCGGCCGAGCUCCCUCGCCAAGUUGGAUUUCCAUAAGGAGCAGGCGGCUCAACUCCGGAAUUUGGUACAAUGUGGAGACUUUCCUCAUCUCCUGGUGUUCGGGCCAUCUGGAGCUGGAAAGAAGACCAGAAUAAUGUGCUUGCUGAGAGAGCUGUAUGGAGCUGGAGUAGAAAAACUGCGGAUUGAACAUCAGUCAAUUACUACUCCAUCAAAGAAGAAAAUUGAGAUUAGUUCCAUAGCAAGUAACUACCAUCUGGAAGUCAACCCAAGUGAUGCCGGCAAUAGUGAUCGUGUCGUGAUCCAAGAAUUACUGAAGACUGUAGCCCAGUCACAGCAACUUGAGACAAGUACUCAGAGAGAUUUUAAAGUUGUCCUGUUGACAGAGGUGGAUAAACUUACGAAAGAUGCCCAGCAUGCCUUGAGAAGAACCAUGGAGAAGUACAUGUCUACUUGUAGGAUCAUUUUGUGUUGUAAUUCUACAUCUAAAGUCAUUUCUCCAAUACGGAGCAGGUGCUUGGCAGUGCGUGUCCCAGCUCCCAGCAUUGAGGAGAUCUGCACUGUCCUAUUUAGUGUGUGCAGGAAAGAAGGUCUUUCUUUACCACAGGAGCUCGCACGUAGGAUUGCCGAAAAAUCUGGAAGGAACCUUCGAAAAGCACUUCUCAUGUGUGAGGCGUGCCGUGUUCAACAGUAUCCAUUCAGCUCUGAUCAAGACUUGCCAGAGACAGACUGGGAGGUUUAUGUGAAAGAGACUGCCAACGCCAUUGUCAGUCAGCAAACGCCACAGAGGUUGCUUGAGGUCCGUGGUCGACUUUAUGAACUUCUUACUCACUGUAUACCUCCUGAAAUCAUAAUGAAGUCCUUAUUAUCAGAGCUGCUCAAUAACUGUGAUGGGCAGUUGAAAGGUGACGUAGCGCAGAUGGCUGCUUAUUAUGAACAUCGUCUACAGCUGGGCAGCAAAGCAAUCUAUCAUUUGGAAGCAUUUGUGGCAAAGUUUAUGGCCAUUUAUAAGAGAUUUAUGGAGGAUGGACUUGAAGCCAUGAUGUUCUAAUGUUAGGAGACGUUUUUGUUCAUUUCUGGUUUCUAAACAGGCUUAGUUUUGUAAUUAGAAUAUAUUUGCUCUCUUAAAAAUAAAACAAAUAUUACAUAUUUCUUGACAAGAUGUGUGAGAGGGCCAGGGCUGCUGCAAGUUGGUAUUCACCAGAGCACUGUAAGAGGAUUUUUUUUUUUUUUUACCCUGAAUUUCCCGGAGUGACUCUUGGUAUUAUCAUACCACCUGUAGCCCUGUGAACCUGGUGACUGGCACCUCUUGUAGCCCCGUGAACCUCAUGGUGGGCACCUCCUGUAGCCCCGUGAACCUGGUGACGGGCCAGCGGACACUGUUUUGCAGAUAUACUUGGAACUCUAUUUUCCUGAGAUGUGGGUUGUGAAAGUCAUCAGUUGUCGGUGAUAUUGUCAAGUAAUAAACAUUUGUGCAAUGAGUUCAUUCAAUAAAUGAUAUCGCCAUUGACAGGCCAGUUCAA